AAAUUUAUUCUGUGAUAAAACUGCGUUCAGUGUUCAUUUGAUUGAUAACGCUAAAGAAAAUUUUAAAUUUUGUUGAAAUCUUUAUAGUUUGUUUAUCUAAACGUCUAUUGCUGGGUGAUGUUAAUAUUCGUUCAAUUUUCAGGUUUAUGAAUUUCCAAUAUGGAAACGUACUACGUGUGCGAUGGAAAUCUAGUUAAACGAGACACUGAAAUUAAUUCUAAAGAUAUAUUUGUCAUUGAAGAACCAUUUGAAACAUAUGACAAUAGUAUUAUUCAAGAUGAGCCGCCACAACUAGAAACCGAUAUUCUUGAAGAAUCUCGUAAAAGAAAUUGUCGAGAAUGGAGUCAAUAUGAAACAAAAAUUCUUCUGGAAAUGUUUAGGAAAAAUGUUACUCAAGUAGGACCGAUGAAAAAAUUUAAAAGUAAAAGAGAAAUGUUCAAGUUUAUAGCACAGACAAUAUCUACUAAAUUAAACAUCACCAGAAGUGCUCAUCAAUGUGAAAAUAGGUAUAAAACGGUAGUAAAUCAACGAAAAGUUGGAAGUUCAAUACUACAAAAGCCUAAAUCUAAUGUUGAAAAGAAUUUAAAUGAAGAAAAAAGAUCUCAAAAUGAUGUAUCAGCGUCAGUGUCAGCAGAUCAUGAUUAUAAUGGACAAAACUCUGGAACUAGUGGUCAAUGCACAACGAAAUCCAUGAAUGAAUGGGGUGUUGAUGAUACUAGGCUCCUAAUGGAAUUGUACAAAAAAAACAUUUCCAAAGUUGGAUUGGAAAGAACGUUCAGGACUAAAUUAAAAAUGUUUGAAUAUAUUGCAGAUAGUAUUAACAACAUACUAAAUAUCACAAGAACUGCUGAGCAAUGUCUAAAUAGAUAUAAAACCAUAUUUAGAAGAAAAAAUUUUAGACAGAAUAGAUUAAACAAUGAUAUUUCUAUAAAUCACAUAGCAAUAGAAGAUAAUUUAAAUAACAGUGAUAAUUCAAACUGUGAUACACAUUUUGUUGAAGACUUUUAUGAAACUGAUCUUAACACUCACAUUUAUGAUGGCAAAAUAUUAAGAAAGGUCGUUAAGCAGCCAAAGAUAGUUCCUAAACUAUUACCCCAAGAGCCUGAUACUAAUCAGGACACAGUGUUGACAAAGACUCUUAGAGAGAUUGCCAACCAAAAAGAAAAGACACUAUUAAAAAUUGCGGCAAACCAAGAGCGUGCAGAAGAACGGAGGCAUCAAGAAACUUUGGCACUUAUACGACAACUUGGUGAAACUAUUGUUCAAUACAUCGGAAAUCAACAAGGUGUUACAUCUGAACAGCAUUAUUAAACAAUAAUAUAUUUUAAAAAAUUUUUGUUAUUAAUUAAUUACAUAUUUAUACCUUUGAUAUUUUCAA